AUGGAACAUAGUCGGGUUGGUCCUCAGGGCCCCAGCGCGAAAAGAAGCUUCAAUGGCUGCUGGACGUGCAGACUGCGCCGAAAAAAGUGUGAUGAGAACCCUGAUAAACCGGAAUGGAUGGAUGGCGGUCUGAGACAAACAAAGAUGGCUCAGCAAAUCAAGCGCGAGGUCAAGGACAACGCUCACCUCCGGUCUGCGCAGCGUUCUACUCAUCUUCCUGGAGGCUAUUCUUCGUUCGCAGACUCUGCCCUUGAAAGUGUCGAAGACAAUGCCGAACUUCUCAAUGGAAUGCAGUUGCACGACACCGGUUCAACGGACUCGCCGCUGCGCAAUCUUGACUGCACAGCUGCCCACGCCAACACACCGAGCACAGCAACAUUUGAACGAUCUGAUACGGUUCUUCUCAUGUUCUACCUCGACUACCUGUUCCCCUUCCUGUUUCCCUUCUAUCGCCCUUCUCCUCUACAAGGCGGCAGGGCUUGGAUCUUGGAAAUGAUGAUAAGCCGCCCAGUGGUCCGGCAAGCCACACUGUGUCAAAGCUCGUAUUUUCUGUCCCGUGCUCACGAGGCCGCCAACCAGUCCGUGGACUGGGACACAGUACUGACACGUACGAGGGAUGCUUUUGAAGUGCUGAGACAGUCGCUGCAGCUUAUGAGUGGCUCUGACAUCUCUGAACAUCUGCACGGGGCUGUGCGAGUCAUGGCAAGUAUCAUGCAGGUGCAACGUUUUGAAAUUGCACUAUUGAGUUUUGAAAAUUGUAGAGCGCAUCUGACUGCGGCAUUGUCACUUUUCAAGCAGCUUCUUGAUACCGAGAGCAUCAAUGGAAUAGAUGCAGUCAGGUCAAACUUUGAAGCAUUCAUGAACAAACUGGGACCAUCAACAUGGGUCCUGCCUGCCCAAUGUAUUCAGGUCCCGAGCGCUGAGCAGUCUGCUUUUCGCUUCUCAUCUAGCCUCUUGCUCUUGGACGAUAUCAUCGCGAGUACGGCUCUCCAGGAGGAGCCUGCACUUUACGCUUUUCAUCAAAGCCUUCUGACCUCUAACGACGGGCUCGAGCCACUGAUCCAGCUCGACACUGCCAUUGGAUGCCAGAAUUGGGUGUUCCUGGAGAUCGGCAAGGUUGCGGCCCUAGACGCUUGGAAAACCCAAUGUAAGAAGAACGGUAACCUGGAUGUUAUCGAACUGGUCCACAGGGCUACAGUGAUCAAAGAAUGUUUGAUGUCGCACCUGAGAGAGCUGGAACGAAACUCAAGGAACAUGCAGGGAGGAGGCAACGAUCUGAUGGACAUCUUCACCGUUGACUGCCACCACCCCUUCAAGCCACCACCAAGCCAGACGUCCUUGAUCACGCGCGUGUGGGCUCAUGCUGCGCUGGUGUAUCUAUUCACCGUCGUGUCAGGAUGGCAGCCAGCCAGUGAUGACAUUCGAUAUCACGUUUGCAGUUCAAUUGAGCUGCUAACAUAUCACAUGCCGUCGCCAACAUUGCUGCGUACCAUGGUAUGGCCAUUCUGCGUGACGGGUUGCCUAGCGGAGCCAGCACAAGAGUCUCAAUUGCGUGGCAUAGUUGAGUGUCUUAGGCCGCCCUCGCUUUUUGGUACUGUACGAAAGGCAUUUGAGAUCAUGGAAAGUGUCUGGCGCAAAAGAGCAACCGAUGAUAUGGUAAAUUUUGAUCUUGCUACAUGCCUCAGAUAUGGCGGUGAACUCGUGAUAUUGGUUUAG